GCCCAGCAAUGGGUUAGCACUCCAACGUCUGGCAGGAUCUUUGCGACGCCCGAGAGCGAAGAAUGGCACAGAACCCUCGCAACGAAAGAAAAAGCAAAGGGCGAGACCCGGGUGGGGGAGCAAGGAGGCGUUUCGGAUAGUGACAAGCGGCGUGACGUGGCAGGCCUACUGCUCAACAACGGAGCUGUUGUGCGAUUCGGAGCCAAAGGCGCAACUGGAGCUCGGACCCCUCGAGCGAGGGACGAAGACGAGAAGCGACGGAGCGAGGUCGAGGAGCGCGACGGGGUCGCUCGCUCUGCUCUGCCAUACGGACAAGUCGAUCGAUCGAUAAUUUGCGUCAGGAGCUUGUGCAUGAGCCAUGGCACAGCCUGCGGGUGGACACCCGAAACAGCCCGCUUUGCAGCAGAAUGAGAUUUCACUUCUUUCCGAUGUCGAAUCUAGCACGAGCCCACAAAACAACAAAGGAAGCGGGGUUCUAAGAGAGCGAGCACAAGAAGCUCUCUAUGCAGGGACUCCACGAAGGAUUAUCGGUAAUGAUGAUGCAAUUUUUGAUCACAACAAUCACAAGAUCAAAGAAGAUAUAAUAAAAAUGAUAAUUCAGUAUCUUCAGGACGAGGGAUAUUUUGCAUCGAUGAUGACCAUUCAAGAUGAAGCUAAUGUUCGGGUCAACGAACAUCUUCGACACCGAUCUCAGUUCAAGCGCAUCAAGACUGCAAUAAUGGAUGGAGAGUGGUCAGAAAUGGAGAAACUGAUACAGAAAACACCCCUAAAAGAUCAUCAACAUUUUUUGUACAAUUUUUACAAACAGCAAUACUUGGAACUUAUCGAACAAAUGGAAUAUCAAAAGGCCUUUGCACUUCUUACGAAGAGAUUGAAGCCACUGGAGCAAAUGGGAAGUCUACAUAACGAGUUCAAGGAUCUUUGCUAUUUGUUGACAUGCAAGUGCAUCCAUGAUGCUCCUUCUUUCAAAAACUGGGAAGGUGUUGCUGCAUCACGAGAGAAGCUAGUGGAGCAAUUUUCGUCAAUGCUGGAGAUUGAAAGUAACGAUUUGGCAGUAGCAAGGCAGGAGAUGCAACAACAUCGACUCUUGCAUCUACUCAAACAGGCUGUGCGUUACCAGAUAGAGUUCAGCAGAUAUCAUCCCAAAGUUGUCCCAAUUGUACCCACAUUGCUGGAGGACUAUUCAUGCUUCGUUCUACCGAAUGCCCACAGAACCACUUUCCGAGGACAUCGGAGUAAUGUCAAGUGUGUUGAUUUCGUUGGGGAAGAGGGUUCUAUGCUCGUCUCCGGCUCAAGUGACAAUACGGUGCGAGUGUGGGAUGUUGAAGAUGGUAGAUGCUUGCAUGUGCUUGGUGAUGGAGACACUGGUGGUGGACAUACGUCUCGCAUAUGGGAUGUGACAUCAAGCACUAGCGGCGAUCUUGUUGUCAGUGCUUCAGGCGAUGCAACAGUCAAGGUCUGGGAUAUCAGAGGCACAACCGAUGCGGCCUGCUUAAUGACUUUGUCUGGUCAUGAGGGUGAUGUUUAUAGCGCCAAGUAUCAUCAAUCAAGUAAUUACGUGGUCACCGGAGGAUAUGACAAGACUCUGAGACUUUGGGACGUGCGGACAGGAACUCUGCUAAGAACUUUCAGCGGACAUAAAUCUUCUGUAUCUCGCGUGAUAUUUAAUCCACUCGGAAAUCUCGUUAUAAGCGGAUCGAAGGAUAGCACGAUUAAGUUCUGGGAUCUUGUCAGCGGCGUUUGUGUCAAAACAUACAGCUCUCAUCUCGGAGAGGUGACUUCUGUAGAGAUGAACAAAGACGGCAGCCUGCUCUUGAGUGGAUCUAAGGAUAAUUCAAACCGCCUUUGGGAUGUCCGAGUGGCAAGACCCAUCAAGAGGUUCAAGGGACAUCAAAAUACGAGCAAAAACUUUGUCCGUGCAGGUUUUGGACCCGACGAAUCCCUCAUAGUCGGAGGAUCGGAGGAUGGUCUAAUCUACAUUUGGGAUGCUACUACUGGAGAAGUUCUUCAACGACUUGGAAGCAACAGUCCUGAUAGCCACGAAGACAUUGCCUAUCGUGCCAUUUGGAAUGCUCAUCAGAGUCUUCUUGUCAGUUGUUCACAUGACUGCACGUUGAAGACUUGGUGGUAUGACGAGAAACAUCCAUUUGAUCAAGAGGAUGACUUUUGAUAUCGAAGAUGUAGAUAACCUCCCGUCGACACCGACUGGAAGCCCAGUUUAUUUUGUCCCGUCCCAGCAAGUGGAGGUGUACAUGCUCAUUGGUUCAGGAGAUUCUCACUAUGCCGACAGCGAAGUGUAGAUGGAAAAAGAAUUCGAAAGUUUUUAAUAGAUAUGUACAGAGGCAAGGAAACUGAACAUUAUUUUUUCCUGGAGUUGGUGAUUUGCUUGUACAAUUUGCAGCAGAUGUCUGUAACAUUAAUUAACGAUGAAUUGCCAUAUAAGGGAGAGAGUCAGCCGCUGCUGCCGAACAUCGAUCGCAGCAGUGAGGGUUUGAAGACGGGCGUGCUAAAAAUGUGAGUCUUGUGUUUGUGUACCAUCACAGACCCAGUGCUCAGUGGAGGCGGCAUAGCGUCUGCUCGAUGAGAGAUAUCAGUGACCAAAUUUGUUCCAUGUCAGGAUCACGUUCCAGAGAAUACUGAAGGCAUUUGUUGAACUUUUAGGUUGCGUGAAUGGAGAUUGAUUGACAUCACACGUGGGAGAUGUAGUAGGAAAUGAAGACGGUGGUGUGAAAAAUUCGUUGCACAAACAUAGUACCAUGUAUCGGGGAAAGAGAAUGUGGGAACACCUGUACAGUAGAGAGAUUUAUGCCCGACCUGAAAUUCUCGGGCAAUGAAUUUGCAAUAUGACGUUUGUUUUUAGUGAUAGUUCUGAAGUAAGCUGUGAUCAGUAUUUUGCUUGAUUCCAACGUUUUAAGUCUUCCAGACGGACGAAUGUUGUCAUCGCUGGUUCGAGGAGCACGGAUUUCCGGCCCCAAGAUGGCAGCGCAUGCACAAUGGGGUAGAAAAAGGUCGUCCAUCUGGUGCUCCUCUGCAUCCUCUCUGAUGCCGACGUCGAUUAUCUUCCCAAAAAAUGAAAAUUACUUAUCUGAACUCGUGGUACGGUAAAGUGAUAUUGUAGAUGUCUUCAUCCCGGGAAGCCAAAA